AAUAUUCGUUCAUGCAUUGCGCAAGCUUUGCAUGAAGAAUUUUCUUUAAUUAAUUUUCCUCUUCAUAUAUAAACAUGGCCAGAUUAUUUAGUUUUACAACCAUGAAGGAUCGAUGGUAUCGUUAUUUCUUCUCUUUCUCCGGCCUCCGAUCUGUAUCAAACGACCUUGGCGAUGGCACAAUCAUGCAUUGCUGGAUCCCAAGAACCUACAAGCCAUCAAAACCUAACCUCCUUCUCCUCCAUGGCUUUGGCGCCAACGCCAUGUGGCAAUACGCAGACCUCCUUUCUUACUUCACCCCUAAAUUCAAUGUCUUUGUGCCUGAUUUACUUUUCUUUGGUAGUUCCUUCACAUCUAGGCCAGAAAGAUCCGAAUCUUUUCAGGCGAAAUGUGUGAUGAAGUUGAUGGUGGAUUGGUUUGGGGUGAGGCGGAUGAGAUUGGUUGGGAUAAGUUAUGGUGGGUUUGUUGGGUACAGCAUGACUGUGCAGUUCCCGGAGGUGGUGGAGAGGCUGGUGGUGUGUUGCUCCGGCUUGUGUUUGGAGGAGAAGGACUUGAGAGAUGGGUUGUUCACAGUUUCCAAUGUGGAAGAGGCUGAGAAGAUUUUGUUGGCUCAGACGCCGGAAAAGUUGAGGGAAUUGAUGAAAGUUUCUUUUGUAAAGCCUGUCAAGGGAAUCCCAAAUUACUUUCUAGCUGAUUUCAUUGAUGUGAUGUGUUCGGAAUAUUUAAAAGAAAAGAGAGAGCUUAUUCAAUCAAUCCUCAAGGACAGACAGUAUUCAGAAUAUUCAAGAAUGCCGAAGGUUAAUCAGCCCACAUUGAUAUUAUGGGGAGAGAAAGAUCAAAUUUUCCCUCUGAUCCUUGGUGAAAGAUUACUUAGACAUCUUGGAGAGAAUGCUAGAAUGGUAGUCAUUGCAAAUGCUGGUCAUGCAGUUAACCUGGAGAAACCCAAAGAAUUCGCAAAACACCUCAAAGACUUCCUUCAUGAUGAUUCUUUUACCUCAUUUAGUACUAGUUCUCGUUCCUUCUAUAGCUGCAUAUCAGAAGAUGAAUUACGCUAA